CUCCUCGCCCCAUCCAUCGCUACCACCCGCGGUCCCCGUCGCCACCUCACCUUUGCUCUUUGAAGUCCGGCCGGCCGCUCACCAGCUGGGAGCGCAGUGGAGCCCGGUGUUGGGCACGAGCCUGGCGGGGCCGCAGGCUCCGCCCUGCUCCGCCCCGCUCCGCCUGGGCUCUGGGGAAAGGCCGCCGCGGGGACAUGUGCCCCCCUCAGCGAGGGCCGGAGAGUGUGAAAGGCAGCCGGGCAGCCAGGUGAGCCCGCGACGGCUUGUUGAGAGAACGAAAUGUCAUCAGUGGAGUCACACCAGGAACAAUUGUCCCAGUCGGAUCCAUCUCCGUCCCCAAACUCAUGUAGUUCCUUUGAGCUACUAGACAUGGAUGCUGGCAGUUUGUAUGAACCAGUUUCUCCUCAUUGGUUUUAUUGUAAAAUAAUAGAUUCUAAGGAGACAUGGAUUCCUUUUAACUCUGAGGAUUCACAGCAGCUGGAAGAGGCCUAUGGUUCUGGAAAAGAUUGCAAUGGGAGAGUUGUCCCCACUGAUGGGGGCAGAUAUGAUGUGCAUUUGGGGGAGAGGAUGCGGUAUGCUGUGUACUGGGAUGAGCUAGCCUCAGAAGUGAGACGAUGUACCUGGUUUUACAAGGGAGACAAAGAUAAUAAGUAUGUUCCCUACUCUGAGAGCUUCAGCCAAGUAUUAGAGGAAACUUACAUGCUUGCUGUAACUCUGGAUGAAUGGAAAAAGAAACUGGAAUCUCCUAACAGAGAAAUUAUUAUAUUACACAAUCCAAAGCUUAUGGUGCAUUACCAGCCAGUUGCAGGAUCUGAUGAAUGGGGUUCGACACCCACUGAACAGGGUCGACCAAGAACAGUGAAGAGAGGGGUUGAGAACAUCUCUGUUGACAUUCAUUGUGGAGAGCCUUUACAAAUAGAUCACUUGGUUUUUGUAGUCCAUGGGAUUGGACCAGCUUGUGAUCUCCGCUUUCGAAGCAUUGUUCAGUGUGUUAAUGAUUUUCGCAGUGUUUCCUUGAACCUACUACAGACACAUUUUAAGAAAGCCCAAGAAAAUCAGCAGAUUGGGAGGGUAGAAUUUCUUCCAGUCAACUGGCAUAGUCCUUUGCAUUCUACUGGUGUAGAUGUAGAUCUGCAGCGAAUAACUCUGCCCAGCAUUAACCGCCUAAGGCACUUCACCAAUGACACAAUUCUGGAUGUCUUCUUCUACAAUAGCCCCACCUACUGUCAGACUAUUGUGGACACAGUUGCUUCUGAAAUGAACCGAAUAUAUAAGCUUUUUCUGCAGAGGAACCCUAAUUUCAAAGGGGGUGUAUCCAUUGCUGGUCAUAGUUUAGGUUCGCUUAUAUUGUUUGAUAUCCUAACAAAUCAGAAAGAUUCUUUGGGGGAUAUUGACAGUGAAAAGGAUGCACCAAAUACUGCCAUGGAUCAAGGAGACACACUGACACUAGAGGAGGAUUUGGAGAAACUUCAACUCUCUGAAUUCUUUAGUAUCUUUGAGAAGGAGAAAGUAGAUAAGGAAGCACUGGUUUUAUGUACAGACAAAGAUCUUCAGGAAAUGGGAAUUCCCCUAGGACCAAGAAAGAAGAUAUUAAACUACUUUAGGACCAGAAAAAAUUCAGCGGGUAUUAAUAGACCAACUCUGAAGCCAGCUUCAGGGAUGAAUAUAUCUAACAUCACCAAAGAAUUGGAGUUUUGCAAUAAAACAGAUGCUACUGGAAAUGGUGACUAUCCGGAUGUUGGCAUUGGGCAGGUGUCUGUAAAAUACCCCCGGCUCAUCUACAAACCAGAAAUAUUUUUUGCCUUUGGCUCGCCCAUUGGAAUGUUCCUUACUGUCCGAGGACUAAAAAGAAUUGACCCCAACUAUAAAUUUCCAACAUGCAAAGGUUUCUUCAAUAUUUAUCACCCUUUUGAUCCUGUGGCCUAUAGAAUUGAACCAAUGGUGGUCCCAGGAGUGGAAUUUGAACCAAUGCUGAUCCCACAUCAUAAAGGCAGGAAGCGUAUGCACUUAGAACUGAGAGAGGGUUUGACCAGGAUGAGUAUGGACCUUAAGAAUAACUUGUUAGGUUCACUGCGGAUGGCCUGGAAGUCUUUUACCAGAGCUCCAUACCCGGCCUUACAAGCUUCAGAAACUACAGAAGAAACAGAAGCAGAAUUGGAAUCAAGUUCAGAGAAGCUAAGUGAUGUUCACACAGAAGAGACCAAUGUGGCAGUUAAAGAAGAAGUCCCACCCAUCAAUGUGGGAAUGCUGAAUGGAGGCCAGCGCAUCGACUAUGUGCUACAAGAGAAGCCUAUUGAAAGUUUUAAUGAAUAUUUAUUUGCUUUACAAAGCCAUCUGUGCUACUGGGAAUCUGAAGAUACAGUAUUGCUGGUCCUCAAAGAAAUCUACCAAACCCAGGGCAUCUUCCUUGAUCAGCCUUUACAGUAAAAAUCAACUAUGUAUGGCUACUUAAUACAGACACUGAAGGAUCCUUCCCCAGAAAUCCACCUGCUUAUUGCUGCGGUUUUCCUCUCCUCAGCCACGCCAUUUCCUGCAUGUUGCCUGCCACUUACCACUGGGGUCUUUGGAAGAUAAUCUUUUUCGGAAAUGAGUGGAAAAGCAAAGGGAAGACCCUAAUACUUUUUACCACUGGCUUCAUAUAAGCACUUGCCAUUCUUCAUAGUGGGGCUUGUUUGCAUCUUUAAUUCUUCAGUGACAGGUGCCACCCAUUAUUGCUUAUUCCUUGAGACAGUAGAAAGUCUGUUUUGAGUUUUACUUAUUUUGGCUUGGGUAGAAAUUUUUCUAGGAGAUUAUUGCUUAUCUUUAGAAAAUGCUCUGGUUUGGAAACAGGCUCUGGAGAUUCACAAGGCAUUUUGGGAUUCUGUCUGUCUCAUUGGUGUUCUCUGCACUUGAAGGAAGUGGGUGUGUAAAAGACUGUUGGCCAAAUUCUUUUGGGUCCGCUUUUCUUUCCUACAAGUACUGUGUGAAGGACCAAGAGUUACUGUUAACUUUCCCCAGCUGACAGUGGAUCAGAGGCCUCACUGAUGCUGUUCAGUGUUUUCACGGCUGCUGGAGCUGCUCUCAGAGUCUAAAGUGGAUAGUUUAGUUCACAUUAGAUGCAUCUUUAUAAAGCAAAGAUGUUGUAUAUCUUAGACCUGUCCUUUUAUAUCAUGCCUCAAAUUAGGAGACUCUAGAUGAAAUCUGACUUAGUUUUCGGAUAGUAGCUUCUUUCUUAAGUUGAUGGCAAAGUUAUAAAAGCUGAAAGACCUGAAAUCACACAGCCUUGACAGGCUGCUUUGAUUAUAAAUAAACAUCUUUCAGGAGUACAUUUAUGGUGAAAUAGAAUCUGUGAUGGUCAACCACCAUACCCACUUGGGUGAAGGUAGUAUUGUGCAUCCUCUCUGAAAACGUUUUGUAAAUGCCGUUGCUUUCCUAGGUACCCAGAAUCCAGCACGUGUAUGAGAAGCCUCGUGGCGCAGGCAGUGCUGGUUGGGCAGGUCGGUGUGGCUAGGGGAAGUGUUUCUUACUCUGAAAGGAAAACCGAUGCCUGUAGGGGCCAAGGAACAGCUCCUGCAGUCAGUGUCAGAACAUGCCAACAAAAGGUGCCUGGAAGAUGAUGGGUGCAUGUAGACUGAUUUUUUUCCAGGUAUCUGCUCACCGCUGUGCUGUCUUGUCUUUCUCAGUGGUCAGAGUUUGUAGUGUUCUUUGCGAUAGUCCUUUACACUCCUCUCUGAUUUCCAUAGGCCUCUGUUUAUAGAGUGGCAUAGGCAGGCAAGUGGUGUGUUUUUUUUUUUUAAUGUUUUUUUGCAAAUGUAUCGUGGUAUCCAGUGCAUUGACCUGUAACAUUCACUUAAGCCAUCCCUUCAACUGCAGGGGUCUUUAUCCCUUUCCAGAGAGAAGAGGAAAAGGAAGUUAAUCACUGUCACCCUAGAGGUAGUAGAGGUGAGGCUGGGGUACAGGGGCAGUUUCUGGCCUUUCCUUGUCCAUCUGCUCAUAGGCUGAUGCUGACUUAGCUGCUCAAAAGUGUCAGGUAUAUGGAAUACUUUUCUAUAUAAGCUGAGUUUGAAGUAAGGGUUACUGAGAAUGAUGUAGCUUUAAUUACAUUUUAGAGGGGAAGCUUUUGUCAAGUUGUCUUCAAAUUUAAAUUUAUUCUUCAUAUGAGAAGAAUAGAUACUAUUUAAGAGUAAACCAAAGGACAAGCAAGGAGUCCCUGUAACCAAAGAUGACCCGCACAGUGCUGGGGUGGCUAGGUCACCCGCUGCGCGUCCUGGAAAUGGUUCUUUCCUGAUGGGGAGGGGCCGGCAGCCGCACAUGAGCUUUAUGUCUUGUCUCCCCACCUGUGGUAGCAUCAUGGCUGCGUAUCACGCAGGAUGAGAAGCUUGAUUUAAACCCUUUAGUUGUACAUUAUUUGCACUACUUCAGUCAUAUCCUGUGCAGUCUCUUGAGCAAGACUAUUUUUAAAUAGUAGAGUAUCAUCAUUUUAUACAUAUUCUCUGCUACAGAAUUCGUAUUGCUUAUUUCAGCAAGAGAUUGUCUGCAUGGAAAAGAUUAAUAGCACUGAUAAGCUUUCUAAUAUUUUGCACUUUUUAAAUGUUUGUUUUUUUACAUGAUUAUAUUUAAAAGUUUCUGAAAUACUGAAAUAAAACCAUAUUGAGCAGUUGCCUA